AUGCUUUACGGACGGACAACUGGAAAAAAAUUUCCCGACAACUGGAAAAAAAUUUCCCGACAACUGGAAAAGUUCUUCCUUCCGACAGGAUACAAACGGAUGACUGACGUUCCUCUUCCUGAAUGCCUUCCAAAGCCAGAAGAACCGACAACCCCAGCACCACAACAGACUUACUAA